AUGACCGGCUUCUCCAAAAUACUGCCAACAGUGCACAAGUUUCGAGCUGCGCUUGCCCGGAGGAAGGAGUCCAAGGAUCGAUUACACCAACUCAAUCAUGCCGAUCCUCCCCCUCCUCCAUCCCCGUGGGGCCUCCCAGUCGAGAUUCAAAUCCAAAUCUUUGGCUACUGCGGAAGCCCCGAUUUCUACAACUUGAAGCUGGUCUGCAAGGCCUUUAAUGCGCUCUUGUCCUCCAACGAACACGAGAUCGUCCGCCAAUACCUUCGUCAACGCCGUCAUGGUACCCUACCUUCCCCGAUCGACAAUGAGCGAACCUAUACCCGCAAUCCCGAGGAUGAUGUCGUACUCCUGUCGGACCUGUUCCCACCCUCCAAGAGCGCCAGGGGAGGUCACCUCUACACCUUCAGAUAUCUCCAUGGCCUACGGUCAAGGCAGAAGCAAUGCUCAAUGCUAUGCUACUACCUCGCAGACCGGGUUAUGGAGCGGUUUGUACAGGCAGAGCCUAUCUUCCUCCGAUCCUCGUUUCCCACACGAAAGGCCGAGCGAACCGCACUGGUAAAGAGAGGCAAGGCGAGCAUAUGGUUCCACCUGGCACCGCUCAUGUACUACACAUUAUACUUCCUCCAGUCCUACGCCUCCGCCAGGCGAGAACAUACAAACAUGCUCCUCCGCGAACACGAGGCCGGACGCCUCUCAGUUCCGAUCUCGAUCGAAACACGCCGACGCAUGUACCGAGACUUGCAAACCCGAAUCCUCCAAGCGCCCCCCUUCAGUAAUACCGCCGCGCUGGUUGCGACACACCACUGCAUGCACCUGCUCGUCUCAUACAUCCGAUACACAAUGGCGCCGGAGGCGGAAAUAGACGAUUCAUGGAUCAGCUCCCUCCUCACGGUUUCCCCCUUUACUCGAAUAGUCGAGUUCUUCUCCGCUGAGAUCGGUGAUGGGGGUAACCAGCGCGUGCAGCGGAAGGACUUUAUGUAUAAUUUCUACCGCGACAUGACGGCCCAUGAGAAAGAUCGCAUGAAUUCGGUGAUCUUUGGGCGGGCGUCGGAACGGAAUUCGCAUAGUUCUGUGCGAGAUUUGUGGUUUGAUGCUGCUUCGAGAGAAUUGGAGUCGAGACAGGCUAUGCCGCAUGAUGUGGAGACUGUUUGGACAUGGAAUGGGAUUCCCAUUUUAUUUGGAUGCCAGGAUUGCAGGCCGACUUCGGGUUGGCGGGCAUGA